AUGUCACUUCCUAAAAAGUAUAAAAACACGUUUCUACCGUCAGAGGUCGAAUUUCAGGCUGAGGAUCAACCAAUUUUAAUUAUCCCUAGAUAUGCCCUCAAAGAUCGUCAGUUAAUAGGAACUAGUAUUCCAGUUUUGAAACCCAUGAAGAGAGCUGAAGUGCCAUUGUGGUUGGGAUUUAUAUUGAAGCAACAAGAUAGAUGUAACAUAGUAACCCCUAGUUGGUUAUCCAUAAACUUUCUGAAAAAGGCCUACCAAGAAGAAGUGACAUAUACUACCAGAUUCUUUAGAAUGCCUUGGAAUUGGCUAGAGAUAUCCAAGAUGAUUUUAGAUAAAGCUUCGGACGACAUGACCGAGCCUCCCCAUCAAAUCAGGGCCCUAAUACAAGAUCUGAGGGAAGUCAGACUGAUAAAAGCUAGAAGAGGUCUGAAAGAACUAAAUGAAUCUUACAUGCAAUUGGACAACUUGAGUUUAAUGGAAAUUAAUGAGCUGAGGCCGAUGGUUGUUGGAGUUAUGGACCAAUUGAGAAAGCUGCAAGUCGGCACUAAUGAGGACGAAGAAGUGAGCGAUGAGGAGGGCCCACUGAGUUAUGAUAUAUGA